AUGCUUAACUUCUUCUCUUAUGCUGCUGUCGUGCUCGCUGCAGCAUCUGCAUAUACAGCAGAAGGGUUUAUAAGCUCUUCUCCUGUGCACUACUCAUAUCGCUAUCGCAUAUGUGCAAACCCUGAUUUGUGUUUUAGCAGCGGAGUGUCUGUCUCCUCUGCUGCACCACUGUCUCCUCCUGCUCGUUUUCUAAGGGGACAGGAGACAGCAGAUGCAGCAGCAGCAGCAGCAGCAGCAGCAAGAGGCUCUGCUCUUUUUGCAGGGCAAGGAGACACUGAGCUCCUCGAUAAAGUUAGAGCUGUUGUCUCUGAACAACUCGGUGUAGACAUCAAUAAAGUGCAACCUAGCUCGCACUUCGUUAAGGACCUCGAGGCUGACAGCUUAGACAGCGUAGAGUUGGUGAUGUCGCUUGAAGAGAAAUUCGGAGUGUCUAUACCCGAUGAAGAUGCAACAAAAAUUACAACUGUGCAGGAAGCUGUCGAUUAUAUUCAGAAACACAA